GCCUGGCGGAGGAGCGGAGAGAGGGCUGUUAGUGGCUGCGGCCAUGGAGCGCGAUGAAGAGCAGCUGUCCGCGCGGCCUGCGCUGGAGACCGAGGGCCUGCGCUUUCUGCACGUCACGGGUGAGGGGCGGCGGGGUGUGCGGCCGCGUCGCCGCCAUGCUCGUGGGCUCCCUGCUUGCCAGCUAUGGCUGGUACAUCCUUUUCGCCUGCGUCCUACUCUAUGUGGUCUUUCAGAAGCUUUCUGUCCGACUGAGAGCCUUGAGGCAGAGGCAGCUGGACCAAGCUGAGGCAGCUCUGGAGCCUGAUGUGGUUGUGAAACGACAAGAAGCUUUAGCAGCUGCUCGUUUGAAAAUGCAGGAGGAUCUAAACGCCCAAGUUGAAAAACAUAAGGAAAAACUAAGACAGCUUGAAGAAGAGAAAAGGAGGCAGAAGAUCGAAAUGUGGGAGAGCAUGCAAGAAGGCAGAAGCUACAGAAGGAACGCAGGAAAGCCUCAGGAAGAAGACAGUCCUGGACCUUCUACUUCAUCUGUCAUCCCCAAACGAAAGUCUGACAAAAAGCCUUUGCGGGGAGGUGGUUAUAACCCUCUGACUGGUGAAGGCGGUGGAACCUGCUCCUGGAGACCUGGACGCAGGGGCCCAUCAUCUGGUGGAUGAAGCUAAGAAUCUUGUUAAUGUUGCUUUUGACAUUAGCAAGAUGAAUCCUUAACCCUCAACUCAAUUGCCUUACGCACACUUUCACAGUGACUAGCCCAGAACGGGUAGGGCUUAUUUCCAUUCUUUACUGUACCUGUGUUUUAAGGGCUUUGAUCAGUAUGGGAUCUAGGCAUGGCCAUCAGUCACACUCCACUUAGAGAUGAGAUAGCUAUUGAAGUCGUUGAUUUUAUAGCUGCUUGCUGGUUGGUAGGUGAAGACCUCUUGCUGCAUAGCAAACUUCAUAAAAGAGAUCCACUCUAGGAUCUAUCUCUAGGGUAAAAGUCCUUGCUGAUAGGACAGUCUCUGUGACAGGUUGCGUUGAAUGAUGUCUUCCUUAUAAAUGGUGAGCCCACCAGUGAGGAUUACUGAUACACACAGUUGAUAGGGUUUGCUUCUGUAUAUUUUUAUGUACAGACCUUUAUAAAAAAAGAAAUUUAAAUAUUUAAAAAUAACAUUUUUAGCAUCUUUAUUAAAUUCAAGGAAAUUUCUUUGUGAGCUUGACUUUGUCUAUCAGAUAUUAAACAGCUUUUUAUCAGUCAGUCUCCAAUUAUUAUUACUACUGAUCUCUCUACUGAUUCUUCAGAAAGGAGCAUGGCUAGUGGCAAACAACUGCAGCAAUUUUAAGUUGACACUCCUUGGGGUUUAGCUACAAAAUCAGUCUUGGAGUUUAAGUGUUCUGUUAAUAUGUUAAAGAAACAGAAAACCUGAGUGUGGUGGUGCACACCUAGAAUCCCCAAAAGAGUCUGAGGCCUGAGGACCAUUGCAAAAUUGAGACCAGCCCUCAGCUACAUGGUGAGUUCAAGGCUUGCUUAGGGCUACAUAGUGCCUAAAAAUAUAAACUAAACCACACAAUGUAAUAAACUGUUAAAAUGUGUUUUUAAAAUAUAGAACAUUCAUUUCUUAAAAGGAAAAUGGCAAGACAUGGUGUUGCAUGUCUUUAAUCACUGUAGACACAUAAAGCAGGAUUGUCACACUGACCUACAUAGCAAAACUCGGUCUUUUUUUUUUUAAAGCCCAACAACAAACUCUUGCUUCCAGAUGAUGCUCGAGCUGCCCAGGCUCCUGAGGGCCAUUCCCUUUAUGCCAUGGCUCAUUGGUUCUGUUCUUGAGAGGACAAGAAGAGCCAAAUAAUAAAAUGUUUUAGACUUCA